AUGCAGCUCAUCAUUGCUGGCGCAACAGGCCUGGUUGGCAAAGAAAUCACACGACAAAGCCUACAACACGAAAACAUCACUUCAGUAGUUGCGCUCUCGCGCGGAAAAUUCGAGCUCGAUGCCACAACCGGGGGGGAAAAGCUGCAAUGCGUCACUGUCAAAGACUACGACGAGUACCCCAAUGCCGCCCUCCAGGCCUUUGCUGGAGCGGACGCCUGCAUAUGGACCGUGGCCAUUACUCCGUUCAGAGCGCCAAGUUUCUCUUUUGACGAAGUCGAGCGAGUGUGUCGGGACUGUACCCUGGCUGGCCUCCAAGCCAUGAUGAGAGCAGCGCCGAACGCGGGCUUUCGAUUCUUGUACUUGAGCGCCGAAGGCACCCCGAGAGAGGCAGACGCCAAUCCUCGCUUCAUGAAAGAGUAUCAGCUUAUGAGGGGCGCGACUGAGCGCAUGGUGCUCGGCUUCAAGGCCGAAUAUCCGGGGACAGAAGUUGCCAUUGCACAACCCGGGGUGGUCACCAACUCGACGACCUUGUCUAGAUCAGCCAUGGCGAGCAUGUUCGCGGUGAUGGGCAUUUUCACGAGCGCUAUCCCCAAUAUAAGGAGGGAGGACCUGGCUUCUGCAGCGCUGCAUCAGGUGCUGAAUGGGUUCGUGGCCGAGACGCUGUCGAAUGCUGAGCUGGUCCGACUUGGAAGGCUUCAGAGCAGUGACUAA